AUGCAUCUGUUGCUCUGCACUCUGUUCAUGUCUCUGUUUAUGGAUGAGCUCUGGGCCAAAGCCAUGGACAUCCCCCUCACAGUCUUGAAGAGAAAUGUGGAAGAAGGCCCUCUAGUGACCAUUGACCAGGAAGAAGAUAGCAGAGCGGCACCGAAACUGACCGGAAACAGAGAGCCUUCCAGUAGGAAUCGUGAUGCUUUCUAUGAAACCACCCUGAGCUGGAAUUGGUUCCAAGGGUCCACGCCUCGUGGAGCUCAGUUGUUCUGGAAUAGCUAUUCUGAUAGGUGGGAAUAUCCUUGUAAGGAACUAGGCUGUGCGGCUGGCUACUAUAGCCCAAGCCUUGGCCCGUACUGUUUCUACCCUUAUGGAAACAAAGAAUACAGCAGCUCUCAUUUCUGGCUUUUGGUGAAUGAGCAUAACUUUGAAUCAUUGAGCUGGACAGCAGAUUCAUAUGGUAACGCUCCAUCCAAUUCUAUCAAUACCUGUGGAGGUGUAAGACUAUAUGUAGGGAAAAAUAAAUAUGGCUUAGGGAAGGUGGAUAGCAAAAACAAAGCUUUCUUCCUAGGGUAUGAUGGUAAAGAGUACUGGUAUAAAUACUACGAUGUCCUGACCAUUAAUAAAGACUAUCGAUCACAGAGGGUUGACAAUGUCACGUACAUGUUAGACCAGGGGUCCUUCAGUGACGAGUCUGUGCUCAUAGUUUCCAGCAAAGUCACCAACAAUGAGUGCAACGUAGUAAAGAAGAGGACCACAUUAACAGGGACAGUAAGUUCUGAACGUCACUGGAAUGUUGACAUUUCCCUCUCCAGGUCGGUGAACUGCAGCAUGACAGUGGGCAUACCUCAAAUCAGUGUGUCGUGGGGUAUUUCCUCAGAGAAAACUUUCAGUUGGAGUCAGGGUUCCACACAGAGCGAAUCCGUCACAUAUGCUGAGACAGUCGACAUUGAGGUCCCACCCAAUCACAGUUGUGCAGUCGACAUGAUAGGCAAACGAAUGAGAGCGAGUAUUCCGUUCAACGGCACGGUGACUCGGUACUACUACAAUGGGGAAAAGCGAACAGCCAGAGUCCCAGGAGUCAGCAAUAAUAUAGUUAUAGCGCAAGUGCACACAGACGUAAAGCGGUGCGAACCCAUCCCAGAUGCAAAUCCAUGUGAUGCAGAGACUGAGGGCACACAAGGGAUUCUCUAG